UAAGGCCUGAAGGGUUUUCGGGAAGGCACAGAGAGAGAGAGAGAGAGAAGGGACAUUGCUUCCCGCGUUUUCCAUGCCUAUUUCACUCAUUUCUCUCAUUUCUCUCAUGCGUGCAAGUUAUUCCUAAAAUCUAAAAUCUAAAAUCUAAAACCCAACCCAUCUUAUUUUCUUGGCCAUUAAAACUUUUAAUUCUCUUUAAACUUUUCUUCAUUCCUCAUUCACAUUUCACCUCAUCUCUCUCUCUCUCCUUGAUUUGCUUCAGUUCCUUUUUUUAAUCAAAACCCAUCAUCUAUUUUAGCGAUUUUAUUUGUUUCUCUUCUCUAUUUGCUCUCAAAGGUUCGAACGUUCUCUUUGUCUUGUUCUGGUGUUCUUGUUCGUUCUGGCCGGCUAGGUCGGUUUGGAAAAAGCUUAGCAAUAAAGUUUGGUGCUUUCGAUGCUUUUACAUCAUGAUUUGUGAUGGUGAAGUCUUAGAAGUUGAUUUUCUUGUAUAAAAAGUUGGAAUUCAUUGGUUUUGGUCAAGUGGGGUUGGUUCAAAUCUGCAACUUCAUUAAUUAGUUUGGCAGCAAAUCUGGGAUUGAAGAUUCCAUUUUGGGGUGCAAUUAAUGGUUUUUGUUUGGAAAUUAGCUCCUGCUUGACAAAAAGCCCAUUUCUUGUCUUUGAGAAUCGUAAUUACAAGGGAAAGCAAUUUGGCCAAGCUCUGAACUUUGAUUUGUGGGUUUUUCUGUUUUCUCUUGUUUAGAUCUGAAUUGAAGCUAUGGGAAGCCAUAUGAGCAAGAAGAGCUCUGAAACAUCAUCCUCUGCUAUCAAUCUCAACACCAAUUUACAAUACACAACUGAUCAAUUAAGCUCAUAUGAGGCAGCCUGCAAGGUUGAUGCAGAAUUGCAAUCCUUUGAUACCAAUCUCCAAACCAGAACCAAUCAAGUCAUCAACACAAUUGCAGCAGGAGUUGAAGUUCGAGCUCUCUCAUUUGAUUCAUUGAAGGAAAUCACAGAAUGCCUGUUGGAGAUGAACCAGGAGGUUGUGAAAGUUAUCUUGGAGUGCAAGAAGGAUAUAUGGAAAAAUCAAGAAUUGUUUGAGCUUGUAGAGGAGUACUUUGAAAACAGCUUGCAGACUUUAGAUUUCUGUACUGCAUUGGAGAAGUGUUUGAAGCGAGCUCGUGAUAGCCAAUUGCUCAUUCUUGUUGCUCUUCAACAGUUUGAGGAGGAAACCGAAAUGGGAGGCAGUCGAUACACGAGGACUUUGGGCGAAUUGAAGAAUUUUAAGGCUAUAGGUGAUCCUUUUACUGAAGAGUUCUUCCAAAUUUUUCAAUCUGUUUACAGGCAACAAAUACAAAUGCUUGAGAAGUUGCAACUAAGAAAGAACAAGCUCGAUAAGAAGCUCAAAUACAUCCACGCCUGGAGGAAGGUUUCGAGUAUUAUAUUUGUUGCUACAUUUGCUGCUGUGUUGAUUUGUUCUGCUGCUAGUUCUAUCCCUGUAGGCUCAAUGGGGAAGUGGAUUGACUCUUUGUGGAAAAACUAUGAAAAUGCUUUGAGGGGUCAAAAGGAAGUAAUUAGCUCCAUGCAAGUAGGGACUUACGUUGCCAUAAAGGACUUGGACAACAUUCGGGUUCUUAUCGAUCGAUUGGAAGUUGAAAUUGAGUCCCUCUUGCAUAAUGCAAGCUUUGCCAUUGAGGAGGAUGCAGUUACAGUUGCAAUUGAGGAGAUUAAAAAGAAGUUGGGAGUGUUUAUGAAGAAUGUAGAGGAUUUGGGAGCUCAAGCUGAUACCUGCAGCCGUGACAUUCGAAGAGCAAGGACUGUGGUUCUGCAGAGGAUCAUAAAACAUUCCAACAACUAGAAGACCGAUGAUCCUCAAUAUUUAACCUGUUGCUGUUUUGAUGCUUGAUGACAUUUGAAUUUGUGUAACUUUCUGUUUUUUUAAUUAUAAUUAUCAUAUUUUUUCAUUCUUAGAUUGUACCUUGGAAUCCCAGACGAUUGGAUUGAUGUAUAAAAGAAAUAAUGUAAGAUUAUAUAGCGUUUCACACUUUAUCAAUGUUUAGGCAAGAACUGACUUGAAGUAGUUCCCAUUAUGAUUUUGUCUUCAAUUCAAUCAUUAUUUACUUGA